ACCAUCAUAAAUUAGCGAGAAAAUAAAUUUUGCAAACUCGGAAAGAUCACGGAUUUCUUCAUUUUUAGUGCAUUUUCGGGGACCCCGCUUCCUGAAUCUGAACUAAUCCGUCGCGUGCUUCGGAAAUAUGGCGCAGAUAAAUCAAUUUUAAUGACGUAAUUUGUAUUUCAGCGGGGUUUUUUGUCUAUACAUUUCAUGAGAAGCUAACAUGAACAUCGGAACAAAACUCCCCGUAUUUCUUGCGGGAACGGGAAUCUUGGCUGCCUAUGUCUUCUUUAAACCAGUUCCAGACGGUUUUCCCGAUGCAACGCAGUACCGGAAAGCGGCGACUCUGAUGCAAGUCUUUGGGAAUAUUAAUUAUGUAAAGAUGUGUUUGCGGGACCGUCGAUGCCCUAACGUCUUCGAGGAGAUUCUGGAUACAUUUGCCAUAGCCAAAGGCCUUUUUGCGGACCCUCCGGAAGAAGUACCUGGGUCAAACAUCAGGUCAAGGAUGACGUCAUUUGAUGGUAUCAAGGUCAGAGUGUAUGAGCCAAUCAAGAGAGAUGGUGAAGGAGAAAUGCCAGCAUUCUUGUACUUUCAUGGCGGAGGUCUGGUAGUUGGCAGCAUCGAUUUUUAUGAUCCGGCGAUGCGAAUGAUUGCCGAAAGAGUAGACGCAAUUGGGAUUGCUGUUACAUACCGUCUAGCUCCUGAUCAUGUGUUCCCUGCUGCUUUCGAUGACGCAUUUGCAGCUACAAAAUGGUUCCUUGACCAUGCUCGUGAGUUCGGCGUUGAUCCCAGGAGAGUCGCGCUAAUGGGGGACAGUGCCGGCGGUCAUCUCACUGCCCUCGUAUCUGGUGCGAUCACGGACGAGCCUUCCUCGCCAGACAUCAAGCUACAGAUCCUACUGUAUCCUUGGAUUCAGAGCUUCGACCUCAACACUCCAUCCAUGCAGAAGGCACGAUGUCAGAAAGGCGAUUUCGGACAAAUCCCUUACUUGGCUAGCCUCAUGCCGUACUUCUUAACAGCCUAUGUCUUUGGCAAUCACGACGAGCACCUUGUCCGGGUGAUUCAAGCGAAUAACCACACCUCCGCUGCCUUCAAGCGAUCAGAAUUCUACCAGAAGCACCUUAGCCACGACAUCAUCCCAUCCCACAUGAAACCAGAUUGCUACGUUCCUCCGGCAUCGUACGACGUCGGUGACGACGAGAUCUGGGAUAGCAUGAAGGACGUUUUGACUUCGACGAAGUACUCGCCGCUCUAUCGGGAAGACUUUACUAACUUGCCUCGCGCGUUCGUCGCAACUGUCGGCUACGACUGCAUACGCGAUGACGGGAUAUUCUACGCCAGGCGUUUGGAUGAUUCGGGCGUACCGGUGAAGUGGGUGAAUUAUGAAAAGGGUUAUCACGGAAUUCCAUGGUUUGGAGAAAUGGCGUUUGAAAUUGGAAGACAGAUGGCAGAUGAUUUUAUCGAUUAUAUGAAAGAGCAUCUCUGAUCAAAUAGAUGAUUGUCAUCCUAAUUACAAUCAAUGUUGACAAUUUUUCAAUAUAUAAGCAAAAUUUUUAAUAGAUUUCUAUUUUUCAUUUUUGACAGAAAAUACGGGAGAAUGUAGAGGUUUUGAUGUAUAUUAUAUAAAAAGGAAUGCCCGAGUAUUUGAUACCAUAAUAACAAUGAGCAUCAUAAAACGGUAAGUUCGGUGAGCGAUUCAUUAAUACAUUGUCUGACAAGUUGGCAGACCGGCUUGUGUCGUCACAUAGGUUAUCGUGUUGGGUCGGGCAAUCGCGUAAACCCGACCAUUCGAGAAAAGAAUCACCUGAAUUCCCGAAUCGUCGGAUCAAGUUUACCCGACCACUCGAGAACAUGGCCCCAUAAAUUCCCGAAACGUCGGAUCAAGUUUACCCGACCAUUCGAGAACAUGGCCCCACAAUUUCCCGAAACGUCGGGUCAAGUUUACCCGACCAUUCGAGAACAUGGCCCCAUAAAUUCCCGAAACGUCGGAUCAAGUUUACCCGACCAUUCGAGAACAUGGCCCCAUAAAUAAGAUUAACCGAGGAUCCUAUAAUUAUAGAUGAUUGUUACUUUGAUAGUGUCUAAUUGUUGAAUGUUAUGUUGUGAAAUUUGUCAGUGCUGAGAGCUUACAUAAAACAUUCCCCUGAUUGAGAUAAGCACGAAAUCAAUCAUUGUCGAGAUCAUUCGGGAAAGAUAUUUCGGUGAAUCAGUUUAUAUCGAGUUCUUUUCCAGAGAAUUUUGUUUUUAUAAAGUAUUUUUACUUUUUUAAUUAUAGUUAUAGAUAUAUAUAUAGAUAUUGUCACAAAAUGAAAGGUUUGUUUAGUGUUCAACAUAGUUUUGGAACGGUAAGGAGCUUAGAAUAAUUGUUAAUCCAUGUAUAUAGUUGCACAGGAAAAUUAAGAAAUCGUUUGUAAUCGAUUACGUAGGGAAAACUUUGCUGAGAAAUAACGAUGUUUACACUGUAUGAUUGUGUAAAAAAAUAUAUCUUUGAUUAUUCUACACUGUUCGGGUAUAAAUAUAAGUGACAGUUACCAUUGCCGUUGAUGAAAAGAUUUAUUUAAUGACUUUAACUGUUUUUUAAAUAAGCUCUAAGUUUACCUUGUGACAAUCGGCCAACGGAAGGGCUCCAUGCGAAUAUGGGUAAUGCAAUAUGCUUGGCAUUAAGAGGAUUCUGCACGACACUCUGUCCAAUUUUUAUUGAAACCUGAUGCGACAGGAUGAGCAUGAUUUAUUAAGUGCAGUUAUAAAAAAUUGA